AUGCGUAGUUCCUUUGGAGGACUAAAGCAAGUUGGACGACUCAGUCAUGGAACACCUCCGCCAGCAUCUCCUGCCGCCAACACUCUUGCAGCAACCUCACCGAGGCCGCCGCGUGCUGACAUUUCGAUACUACGACAGUACGUUCCGGGUUUUGGGCAGGCCGCUCCUGGUGGGGCCGUCACACUCCCUGUCUCUGGAACCGCGCAGAACACGAUCCCUGACACAAAUUCUAUGCUCACUAGCGUAUCUGAGUAUAAAGUUAGUCCAACUGGUACACCUGCCCGAAAGAAAUCAAAAGCGGGAGCAGACUCUUACGCCGCGUCGGCGUCAGAAAGUUCCAGAAGGUCUUUGGAGUCUAGGACCCGCUCCAAUACACCUGCAGCUGUCCAAAGCACGCCUAUUGCUCUUGAAACUGAGAAGGAUGAGAAAGCGGAGAGCGAGGAUGCGUCGCAGCAUCCGGAAGCGGGAGCGGUAGCUGUGAAUGUGAAGAAGGAGGAUGUUCCCCAGAAGAUAAAUGCAAACGGCCCCAGGAACCAAGCCCACCGACUGCGAGCGGGAGUGGAACAUCGGGAAGAACACCAUCAGGACGCACGACUCGGCCAUCAGGGCCUACAACUCAGCCACGCCCAACACGUGUUGAUAGGCAACCAAGACCUCCUCCAAGACCAGCACCUGCCGAAAGGCCAGCAAGGAAACAAAAUCCCCAUCGCCAGUUCGACACACCAAUGGACAAUGCAACUGAAGCAGAGAGAAGCAACGAGCACUGGACCCAGCUCGGCUGCGCCGCCGGCACUUGAUGGUGCGGGAAGAAUGGAAAAGCGAUCGAGGAACAGUGAGGAUGCGGAGGCGUCUUUUCAACGAUUCCUGGCCUCGGUACAGCCUUGUCUGGCUUCAAUGGCAUCGGCAGGCCAGACGCAGGAGGAGGGGUCGCACCACGAUGAGGGCGAGGAGGUGGAGGACAUGGAGGACGCUUACUGA